GACGGCUAUGGAGAAGAAGCUGAUUGGCUGCCCCGUGUGUAUCGAGCACAAGAAGUACAGCCGAAACGCUCUUCUCUUCAACCUGGGCUUUGUAUGCGAUGCCAGAGCCAAGGCCUGUGCGCUUGAGCCCAUAGUGAAGAAGCUGGCUGGCUACCUCACCACCCUCGAGCUGGAAAGCGGCUUCAUCUCCAAUGAGGAGAGUAAACAGAAGCUGGUUCCCAUCAUGACCAUCCUGCUGGAGGAGCUGAAUGCCAAAGGAAAGUGCACCCUGCCCAUAGAUGAGUCGAACACCAUCCACCUGAAGGUGAUCGAGCAGCGCCCGGACCCCCCCAUCGUGCAGGAGUAUGAUGUCCCCGUCUUCACCCAAGACAAAGACGACUUCUUCAACUCCCAGUGGGAUCUCACCACGCAGCAGAUCCUGCCCUACAUCGAUGGCUUUCGGCACGUCCAGAAGAUUUCCGCAGAAGCCGACGUGGAGCUGAACUUGGUGCGCAUUGCUGUGCAAAACCUGCUGUACUACGGGGUCGUCACGCUUGUCUCCAUACUCCAGUAUUCCAACGUCUACUGCACCACGCCGAAGGUCCAGGACCUGGUGGAUGACAAGUGUCUACAGGAAGAGUGUCUGUCCUACGUGACCAAACAAGGUAUGCGAGCCAGCCUCAGGGACGUCUUCCAGUUGUACUGCGGGCUGAGCCCUGGCACGACGGUGCGAGACCUCAUCUCCCGCUACACCCUGCAGCUCCAGAGGGUGGACGAGAGGUCAGAGCCAGCACCCUCCUGCUCGGUCCCCGAGGGCGGCGGUGACACCAGGGAUGGCGGGGCGAGC